AUGGAUCUCUCCAGUGGUGAUCGACUAUUUCAAAAAUACAGAUUACAACAGCGUCGUCGUCAUACAGUAGAUGAUAUUAACCUAAGAUAUGUUUUACCAUCUUUUACAAAUUCAAUACCAGAUACAAAUACUAAAACAGAUAUUAAUAAUAAAGAUAUUAAAAUAUUUUCUAUAGCACAAAUAGAACCAAAUGGCAUUACCAAGACGGACACAGUACAAGUGCUGGCAAAAAUAUUUUCAGCUGUAUUUUCUAAAUCAUUAUCGAUUGCUUCAAGUGCUAUUGAUAGUACAAUCGAUUUAAUGUUAAAUUUUGCAAUAUGGUGGGCAGCACGUGCUAUUCAAAAAAGAAACCCCUAUGCAUAUCCUCAAGGUCGAACAAGACUAGAACCAAUAAUUAUAAUAAUUUUAUCUGUAGUUAUGUGUCUGGCUUCCGUUCAAGUUAUAUAUGAAUCAGUACAUGCAUUAGUCACAGAUAUUAAAUAUUUCACGAAAAAAAAUUCAACUGAUGAGCAUUUAACCAAUAUUGAUAUUAGUGCGGCACCAAUAACAAUUAUGUGUAUAACAAUAGUUGUCAAAAUAAUUUUGUCUGCAUUCUGUUAUCAAAUAGCGACUCCAACAAUGGUUGCUCUUGCGCAGGAUCAUCGAAAUGAUGUUGUUUCGACCGUUGUGGCACUGGUAUUCGGACUAAUAGCAUCAAAAGCUAUGAACGGUUCAAUCAAAGAAAAGAAAUUCGUGAUGAUUGAUCCAAUCGGGGCCAUUAUUAUCAGUUUGUAUAUUAUUGUCUGCUGGAUGCCACAAGCAAGAUUACAUAUUCGAAACUUAACUGGUUAUACGGCUCAUCCAAAAUUUCUUCAACAAAUUACAUGGCUUGCAUUUAAUCAUUCACCUCUAAUAACAAAAAUUGAUGCUGUUCGUGCCUAUCAUUUUGGCAAUCAUUAUUUAGUUGAAGUUGAUAUUAUUCUACCAAAAAACAUGUUUGUUAAAGAUGCAGUAGAAAUUGAAACAACAUUACAAAAAAAAAUUGAAAAUCUUCGCGAAGUUGAACGUGCUUUCGUACAAUUACAUUAUAGUAUAGAAAAUCCAGAACAAAAACAUAAAAUUGUUUAA